CACACAAAAACAAACACACUCUUCUAACAUCUUCUCUUACUCUACUUCGGAAAAUGAGUCUCCCAAGGAGAUUCUUCUUCCUCAUGGCUCUAUCUUUCACCUUCACCACCGCUGUACAUGCUGCAAGGUUUGACAUCACAAACCGAUGCCCCAACACUGUGUGGGUGGCGUCUGUGCCGGUUGGCGGCGGCAGACAAUUAAACACCGGCGAUUCCUGGUCCGUUGACGUGCCGGAAGGAACCAAAGGGGCCCGCAUUUGGGCCCGAACCGGUUGCAACUUCGACGGGUCGGGUCGGGGUGAAUGUCAGACCGGCGACUGUGGCGGGGUCCUGGAGUGCCAAGGAUACGGUAGAGCUCCGAACACCCUAGCGGAAUACGGGCUGAACGGGUUCAACAAUUUGGACUUCUUCGACAUCUCCCUGGUGGACGGUUUCAACGUUCCGAUGGAGUUCAGUCCAACGUCGAACGGAUGCUCACGUGGCAUAUCAUGCAGCGCUGACAUUAACGGACAGUGUCCCGCUGAGCUUAAGACCGAUGGCGGUUGCAACAACCCAUGUACUGUCUACAAAAGCAACGAAUACUGCUGCAAUUCCGGAAGCUGUUCUGCUACUCCUCUCUCCAAAUUCUUCAAGGAUAGGUGCCCCGAUGCUUAUAGUUACCCCCAAGAUGAUCCCACCAGCACCUUCACUUGCCCCGGUGGAACUAAUUAUAAGGUUGUCUUUUGUCCUUGAACCACCCACUUUAUAUAUAUAUAUAUAUA